AUUUUUCAUACAAGUUCAAAGUUAUAUUAAUUUAUUUUUUAUUUUGUUAUAUAUAAAUAAGUUGAUAUUCCUCAUGUUUUCCAAAUUUCAUUCUAAAAUUAACAUAUUAGAUCUUAUAUUUACCUAAUUUUACAUAAAUUUUGUUUAUUAGUUAAUAUUUUUGAUUUAAUUCGUUAUAAUUCGUAAUUUUUAAAAAUAUCGUAAUUCUGGUUUUUUUCUGUACUGGAAUGUGUUGUAUUUGUUAAUUCUAAUUUUUUUAAAAUUAAUAUUAUUUUUUAUCCAUCUUGAUUCCUUUUUAAUGUUUAUCUCGUCUUCCAUAAUUUAGCUGUUUUGUUCCAUUUUAUACUUCCAAAUGACAACACAUAGUGAUAGGUUAAGAACUGCAAACAAGUCCUAUUUGAUGGACGUUGCAAAAAGAAAGUGCCUCGAAAGAAGUGCUGAGCCAAUAUCUGAACAACAAAUCUCAGAUGAGAAUUAUAUCAAAGAUAAAGAUUGGAAGGUCGAUAGACUGGAAAUGUUGAGAAAAAUUCAUGAAAAAAGAAGGGAAUACUUAGAUAAAGGUUCUGGUAACCUAGAAAUGCUCACAGAUGAAAAGGAGCUUAUCAAUAUUGCAAACAGUAAUGCCAGAGUGCUGUGUCAUUUCUAUGAAGAUGAUUUUGAAAGAUGUAAACUUCUUGAUAGCUUAUUAAUGUCCCUCGCCUCUCGAUUUUUGGACACUAGAUUUGUCAAAAUCAAAGCUACCAAAGCACCCUUCUUCACACACAAAAUUGGAAUUAAAGUAUUACCAACCCUUUUGGCAACAAUCGACGGAAAUGUAACAAGAAUUUACAUAGGAUUCGAAGAGUUUGGAGGUGAUAAAAUUAAUCAAGACACCCUUCGCAAAACCCUCUUGAAACAUAAUAUUCUGACUGAUCAGUGCUGUAUAAUAGGUGAAAAUUCCGACGAUGAUCAGUCUGACCCCGAUAAUUGAAUCACAUAACAUAAUGUUUCGUAAAUUCUAA